GUACAGAGAAUACAGGAUUCAUAACCUCAAAAAAACUUGAUAAAGAAAAGAAUGACGGCAUUAGUAGUACUAAAAACAGACGAUCCACCCGUUAUGUCAUUCAGAAACACAAUGUUCACCCUGUCUAGCAGCAAGGAACAGGUGAAUUCAUCAAUGGCAGACGACGGGAACCGCAACCAUCUAGCGGCCGAUUUUAAAGAGUUCGGAGAUCAGACCACCUUUCACGGUCUGCGUUAUGUCACCAACAACACAUACCACGGGGUUCGCAGACUGAUAUGGUUGGCAGUGGUCCUCGGUAUGACAACUUGGCUGAUCAUCAACGUCAUUCGAGCCUUCCUCCUGAUGUACCAGUAUCCAGAGACCAGCUCCAUCUCCGUCAACUACGUACCCAACGUCACCUUCCCUGCCGUCACGAUAUGCAAUAUCAACCAGUUCCGUAGAGACGCAUUGGAACCACACGCUCUCCAGUUACUCAAUCAGGUCUUUAAUCGUUUGGAGGCACGGGGCAACAUUAGCGUGGACCUUACAGACGCCAAGCUGUUUCCCUCCACAGACCAAGGCAACGUGACCAACGGCUUUGUGCGGGCGGCUCACCGCAUCGAAGACAUGCUGUUGAAAUGCCAGUGGGGUACAGAGUCCUGCUCGCAUCUGAACUUCACGCGGCGUCUCACGGACUACGGUGUCUGUCACACGUUUAACGAUGAGCCAGCUGGCGAGCGAGGGGUGUUGACGGUGCGGAACCCGGGCAGCAGGAACGGCUUGUACAUGAGGUUGAACAUCCAGCAGGAUCUGUACACGUUCGGAGAGAGCACGGCGGCUGGAAUGAAGGUGUUACUGCACCCCCAGGGUGAGUUUCCCAUCAUCAAGGAGUUUGCUUUCUCCAUCACGCCUGGUUUCGAGAAUUCAGUGGCUGUUCGUCAGCAGACGGUAACAAGCUUGAAGGAACCAUACAAGUCGAAUUGCACAGAAGGCUUCUUGAAAGAGUUUCCCUUUAAGUACUCCGUUCCUGCGUGUCAGCUUGAGUGCAGGGCUCGUUACGUCAUCGAAAAAUGCGGCUGUCGAGACGUCAGAUGGCCAGGUUCUGCAGAAAAAUGCACCAUAGAGAAGCUGGUAACAUGCGCGUACGUCUACGAAGAUGAAUUUCUAUCACGCGGCGAACGGUGCCACUGUCCCAUGGCCUGCAAGACAACGACAUACGACAGCAAGGUGUCGCUUGCCUUCUGGCCAGCUAAAUAUCUCUUGAAACAGCUUCGAAGAGAUUCCAACAUGUCUGAGGAUUUCAUCAGGGAGAACUUCUUGGAUGUGUACAUAUAUUUUGAAGAAAUAAUGUACAUGGACAUCGAGCAACAAAUGGCUUACACUUUCCAAAACGUCCAAAGUGAUAUAGGCGGAUACCUGGGACUAUUAUGCGGUAUGAGUCUGAUUACGCUGGUGGAAUGGGCGGAUUUUAUCAUCAUUACCAUCUACAAGAGGUGUCACGGACUGAUGGCAAAAAGGGAACCAGUCUAAAAGUAGUUCAGGCGCAAAGGCUAUUAGACCAAUCCGGGCACGCUGCACUUCUAUCACGGAUGCCCCCUUCAAUGGCCAAACCUCGUGCUAACUAUAGCUCCGAUAAUCAUUCACUGGGGCGUUGCUUUGUACAAUAGCAUGCACAAUGGUUUCUCCAUUGAAGGGGGCCUCGCGAGUUUACAGUGAUCACGUGCCCGGAUUAAUAGAGGACACCAUAGUCCACGUCUUCGUAAAUUCAUGAUGACAAUACACGUAGCCGUAGCUGGCGAAGCCCGUUCGGACUCCGCCUACAAAUACAUGUAAACAAAAAGUGAAAAUAUGGGCAGUGACUUGUAACUUACCUAUACGUUCUUUGGAUGCAUUUUGUAACAGGGGAAGGGUGGUUAUCUUCUCGAGUGUUUGCUCUUUAUGUUUUCUGUUGCCUUCCAUGCUGCCUAAUGCCUUCAGUGAACAUAUUUCACUUCAAGGCUGUUUUCAUUUCGAAACUCGUUUUAAUUGUUGUGUCUUCAGAUAAAUUAAUUUAUGUAUAUUUAAUGUAAUUUAUGCAUUGAUUUAUUAAGUUUUCUUUAAUUCCGAGUUAAACUGGAGACUGAACGAUUUAGAGUGAAAAACAAUCUAAAUUUAGAUUGAAAUACUCUGAAAAAGAAUCAUUGCAGUAGAAACUCGAGUGAAAACUUGAUAUUUUAGUGGGAGUCGAUUUUGAAGGGAACGAUUUUCACUCUUUGAAAUAAAAAAGUUACGUCCUUAGCAACUCGAGAACCUUUUGUUGAAAAGAACCGUUUAAUUAAUAACCGUUCAUAAAUACCAAAAACGGUUUACCAGUUUCUUUUUGUCCGAGCCCGUCACGUGGCCGGAUUUAAAGGAAUAAUAAAGACGUGGUUGGCUGGUCUAAUUAAA